AUGAAAAAGAUCAUCGCAUCGAUCUCUGAAUUUUGGAAACUUGUUGAUCAAAAUAACGCUGUUGACGGGAAUGAUUUACCAACACCAAUUGCUGAUAUGCAUGGUACAGUUGUUGAGCAGAAAGAUGAUAUAGUUGAUCUUGUUGAUAGUGACGUAAUUUCAAUUACAAACGAUGACGUUGUUUUUAAAUUAGUUCGUCAAUAUAGCAAACUGCAGAAUGCAUUUUCAAUUGAAAAUCUUGUAAACUUAAAAUCAGCUUGUCCACAAGCAUUAAAACAGCCUGAUAUUGAUGAAUUAAAAGAUAUUUCAUUUAUGGAAGCAUGUAAACUUGGAUUUCGCACAGUAGCAAGAGCGGCAUCGGCAGCCGCAUUGCCCAAAGUAGAUAGAACACCAAAAAUUCAUCAUCAGAAGUUGUUUAUUAAUAAUGAAUUUGUUGAUGCAGCAGAUGGUAGCUGUUUUAAUGUUAUUAAUCCAAGCACAGGCGAUGUCAUUGCUGAAGUGGCCAAUGCAUCAGUGAAAGAUGUUAAUAAAGCUGUUAAGGCAGCUAAAGAUGCAUUUCGACUUGGCUCAGAAUGGCGACGAAUGGAUCCAUGUAAACGUGGUGAAUUGAUGAAUAAAUUAGCUGAUCUACUUGAACGAGAUCGUGCGUAUUUAGCAGCAUUAGAAUCGUAUGAUAAUGGAAAGCCAUUUAAAGAUGCAUAUAAUAUUGAUUUGCCACAUUUAAUUGGUGUUCUACGUUAUUUUGCUGGUUGGCCUGACAAAAUUAAUGGCAAAGUGUUGGCUAAUGCCGGUGAUUUUUUUGCUUAUACACGUCGAGAACCGGUCGGUGUUGUCGGUCAAAUUAUUCCUUGGAAUUUUCCUCUUGUUUUGUUCAUUUGGAAAGUUGCACCAGCUUUAGCUUGCGGAAACACAGUCGUGAUUAAAGUCGAUGAACAUACACCAUUGACCGGAUUGUAUACAGCAAAAUUAAUUCAGGAAGCUGGAUUUCCUCCCGGUGUGGUUAAUAUUCUCGCUGGAGAUGGUCCUAAUUGUGGUGGAUCAAUUGUAAAGCAUCCUGAUGUUGAUAAAGUGUCGUUUACUGGUUCGACACAAGUAAGUGGAAAAUCGCCAAAUAUUGUAUUUGAUGAUGCUGACCUUGAGUCCGCUGUUGAAUGGUCGCAUUUUGCACUAUUCUUUAAUCAAGGUCAAUGUUGUUGUGCUGGUUCUCGAACGUAUGUACAAGAAAAAAUAUACGAUGACUUUGUACAAAAAUCGGUUGAACGAGCCAAGAGACGUGCAGUAGGUGAUCCGUUUGAUGACAACACAGAACAGGGACCACAAAUAGGACAAGAACAAAUGGAUAAAAUUCUUCGAUUAAUUGACUCUGGUAAAAAAUCAGGCUCAAAAUUACUCACUGGUGGAAAACGUGUUGGUGAUCGAGGUUUUUAUAUUGAGCCGACAGUGUUUGCAGAUGUUCAUGAUCAUAUGGAAAUUGCACGAGAAGAAAUCUUUGGGCCAGUUAUGCAAAUAUUAAAAUUUAAAACAAUUGACGAAGUGAUUGAACGAGCAAAUGAUAGCGACUACGGUUUAGCCGCAAGUAUUUUUACAAGAGAUCUUGAUAAAGGUAUUGUCGUUUCGAAUGGAUUGCGAGCUGGUUCAGUGUGGGUUAACUGCUAUGAUAACUUUGAUCCAACGACACCUUUCGGUGGAUUUAAGCAAAGUGGUAUAGGACGAGAAAGAAGUGAAUAUGCUAUUGAUAGUUAUACUGAAGUGAAAAAUGUAACAAUAAAAAUAUCACAACGUAAUUCAUAA